GCUAUCCCGCAGAUCGUUAAAUCCGUGAGCAAAUAACAAUCUUCCGUCGGCAAAAACGAUUGGCUAACACACCUGUAGUAUUUGGCAUUAGCAAGUUUGAUUUAACGUUAUCUUUAAAAUAAAUAAAGGAAGGAGGAACGUGUGCCGUGAUAUCGUUUACUUCCACAUCAAUACGGAAAAUAGGAGAGUCGUAAAAAUUAGCUUUCGUUCGCCCGGACUCUUUGUUCCCGCUAAAUGAUACAAGAUCACAAUAUAACGUCUACGGAUAUGAUGUUGUUAUCGAAUGCAACAUCAUAAAAUCAUCGAGCGACCUCACGAUUUGCUUCAGUUUCGCCGCGACGCAAUGAUGAUCAGCUUCAUUGUGAUUCUGUCGCUCGUAGUAAGAGCAAUCUCCUCUUCAUUAUCUGUACAGGGAUCGUUAUCAACGCUCGACGACGACACGGUAUCGAUUGAUCUUUUCGCGAAUAAAUCUAACGAUGGUGUUGACGAACUAGUUGAGAAAUUGCACGGGACAAAGCGGAUUCGUCUGAUAAUCGAUUUCGUUGGGAAGAUCAUCAAUAUUCAGCAGGAGAUUAACGACAGAAUCGAUCGUCAUCAGAAUUAUCUCGUGGUAACUUUUAAUGGAACGACAACUUUAAUAAACAUUGUCGGACCUGAAACAAUGAAUCAUGCAAUGCGCAGUGCUAUCUUAAGAAAAUUAGAUUCUAUAAAUACGAAUGUUGCAACAACUGCGCUGAAAGAGAUAUCUUGCAAAACCUUAUUCAAUGAUUUUAUAAGAAGCAUAAUCUCUCGAAUGUGCAAGAUAAAUUUAAUAGACGAUGAAAGCAAAAGCAGCAUUAAUAGAGAUCACAAAAAAAUUCGGUACGACACUAUAACCGGAGGCAAAAUUGCACCGAAAAUAGAAACACGAAUUUUACGUUAUUCUGCAUUGACGGACACUGGCGGUAAUAAUUCUGAGGAAAGUUCUGUUACUAAUAAAAUUCCUGUUGGUCGAAAAAAACGACCGAAUAAAAUAAACGAGUUUGCUGUUAUUAUUAGUAAUUUUACCAAUAAUAAUUCUACAUUUAAAAUGUCGCGAAAUAAAGAUCUAUCCACUGUUAAAACUGGUUUUAUGGAUCGAGAAAUCGUCUCUGAGCAAAAAAAUUUUAGAAAAGGAACAUUCAACGAUAAUUCAUUUGCGACGAAACUUGGUGAUCUUGAAGAUCAAUUCACACUGUUAAAGGAGACUCCAACUUUUCCGUUAGAUAAAGAUAUAAUCAAAUCUAAUCAGAUUGUAAACGAAAAACGGAAAGAAGCUCUUACGAACACAAUAUCGCCUAUAUUAUUUCAAGGGAAUGUCACGAACGUUCCAAAAAUCUUCUCUCGUAGGACAUUUCAACUUCCUUGGAACGUUCCUUGGAGCAAAGAUCAGAACAUGCAAAAUCAGCCUCAUGUAUCUGAGACAAAGAUGGACAAGAUGUCGGCAAUGGAUGAGAUUCUGGAAGCGGUACAUCAAGUCUUGCCAACGAAAAAGUCCGCAAAGAUACCGUCAAAAAAAUCGAAAAUGACAUUUGGGGUGUCUUGAUGCCCGGCGACUCGCAAAAGAUUUUGAAAGUUCUAACAGAUCCUUUCCACAGCACAGCUUUUGUAAUGUAAUUUUAGUCGAGUACAUGAUGUUAUAUAUUGCAGCAUGUAACUCGUAGAUUCAACGUCAUAAAUAAUCGAAAGGGUUUCCCUUUCUAUCCGUACGUUCACACUAGGCGAAAACUGCAUGACUAUUGUGUAACAUAUUACGUAACGGACAGCAAUUUAAGUAGUCGAUAAAUGUUUGCGUAAAAUUGCAUGACGACAGUUUCUGCACGUUUACGCGAAUACGGAUAAGGCAAUUAGUAUUGAGUCGUCGUGGAAGGCUUGCUCUGCGUUUGUGGAAUGAAGCGGAAACACCGCUACAUGGUAUCGAAAUGAUUACAUAUCGCUAGAUCAGAUAAAAAAGGAAAAUUACAAGUUAGAUUUUUAAUGCGGAAAUAACUUGAGAUGCAAUUCUAUCCAAUUGACGACUCAUAAUGUAUGAUAAUUGCCACGGUUACAGGGGCAUCGCGUACUUAUCGAUAAGUGUAGCGAUUACUCACAUGGAACCUCUAGACACCGUCAUGUUCAGGCCAUCGAGCACUACUUUCUCGGAUCCGUAACGCUUUGUAGCGUUCCUCACGACGACAGCCUCCUGUUGCACCAUUUCGCGAAAUGGUGAGGAUUGCUCGCUCAAUGAUGAAACUGCGACAGAAAUUUUUUUCCGUUUAAAUUCGAGACAAUGUUCUUAAAACGAUCGUUUUGUGCGAUUUACGAAGAAACAAUGCCUUUAUUCUGA